GUGAUGGGGGGUUCACGGCGUUGCACCUGCCUCAACGUAGAUAUGAUGCUCCUUUGAUGAGCUCGCCUUGAUGCUCUCUUCGCUUGAAGGCGUUCAGACAGACAGUGCGAUCGCAAGCAAUACAAAAUGGGGGCGAACGUAGGGGUGGUGUACGAGCUGCUCCAGAGAGCGCUUUCGCAGGAUGGGCACAUACGGAAGGAGGCGGAAGCGGCUCUGGCAGCCGCUGAAACAACCCCAGGAUUCUGCUCCUGCUUAAUGGAGAUACUGGGUGCAAAAGGACCGCAACAGGACAUACGAUGGAUGAGUUGUGUAUACCUCAAACUGUGCACGAAGAAGUACUGGCGGACACGACACCCAAACGCAAUAAGUGAAGAAGAGAAGGCACAUCUUCGAACCAGAAUCUUGAAUCAGCUGGGCGACGAGGAUGAUCAGGUUGCCUCUCAACUAGCUGUACUUAUUGCAAAAAUAGCCCGGGUGGACUUUCCCAAGGCUUGGCCGGAUUUAUUUGGCUCCCUCAUCCAGAAGCUUCAAGGUGCAGAUCUCCUUCUGACGGAAAGGAUAUGCCUCACCUUGGAUGAAGUUUUGAAAGAACUGGCAUCAAAGCGCCUUGCAGCCGACCAGAAGGUUUUCGCUGAGGUCACUUCGCAACUUUUCGACUAUAGUUGGCACUAUUGGUGUGGGGAUACUCAGACCAUCAUCGAUGCACUCUCCUCGAUUAAGAACAUGGCUGGCAGACAGAUACUGAGUCCAGCUGAUAUGAAAACGCUCCUUCUCACGUGUAACCGGUGGUACUUCUGCCUGAAAUCGAUUCGGAGGAUGCUCAGGUUUGGGUUUCCCAGCGACGCCAAAGCAGUGGAGGAAGUGCCUACGGUGCAAAAGGUCGUUCCAUCCCUCCUCCAAGCUGUGCAGACGUUCAUUCCUUUGGAAGCAAGCUUACGACAACAAGCUCUGGACAACGAACUCAAGAAGUUUAACGAGAAGUCAGCCCUCAAGCUGCUGAAGACAAUCAACGACGUGCAGGCUACCCACCCCUUUUCUUUCUCAAGCAAGAGCCUGCUUUUCCCGGUCCUUGAUUAUUGCUAUCGACAGAUUGCAGAUGUCCCCUCCAAUGGAGCCGUGCUUGAUCCCGCUUUAGUGCAGUGCAUGACGAUUGUGCAGAACGUGCUAAAAUGUGUAGCAUAUAGAGAAUCCCAGAAGGGCCGGAUCCUGGGAGAGAGAGAGGAGUCCCAAGCGGACCUUAAGGGCCGAUUAGCGGCCCAGGCGCGCGAGGUAGUGCAUGCGUUCAUGAGCCAGGAGAAACUGGUGUACUUAUGCAGGCUGCUGAUCCAAAGGUUCUUCAUCCUGAGCCCCAACGAUCUGGAGAAGUUGGCAGAAAGCCCGGAAGACUACUAUCACGAAGAAAGUAUUGCCGGCCCCACGGACGGAGUCCGUCCUUGUGCGGAGGGCCUCUUCUUGGCGUUGUUUGAAGAUCAUCGAGAGAUACUGGCCCCGGUUGUGCUGGCCGUAUUGAAGGAGGCAUCGGAAGCGUGUCCCCCUGGCCCGGCAUCAACGUCGGGGAACGAAGCUUCUCCCGCUCUACUGUUCAAAGAGGCGGCCUACAACGCGGUGGGCCUGGCCAACUAUGACCUGGAGGAGUCGGUUGAUUUCAAAAGUUGGUAUGAUAGCUCGCUUUCUGUCGAGCUCUUGGAUCGGAACGUCACCGGAAGAUUACUGCGGUCCCGCGUAGCCUGGCUGCUGGGAAGAUGGGUUGCCAAGGUGAAAGGCGAGCUGAGGCGGCCCGUAUACCAGGCCCUCGUCGAGCUUCUCCAAGAGGACGACGCAGCCGUGCAGCUGAGCGCAAUUGGCGCGCUGCGUGCGCUCAUCGACGACGUCCACUUUUUCGAGCACGAGUUCGAGGAAUUUCUGGGGGCGUUCCUCCAGUUUCUCUUCCAGUUCUUGUACAAAGCCACCAACUUCGAAUCUCAGUCUCAAGGCUUCAACCUGGUGUCCCUCAUCAUUGAGCGCAUAGGCGACAAGAUCGUCCCUUUCGCCGAGAAGCUGCUCGCCAUCUUCCCAAACGUGUGGACGUCGUUCGAGGGCCAGAGCCUGAUCCGCAUCCAGGUGCUGCUGGCGCUGCAGCGGCUGGUCCACGCGCUGGGCCCCCGCUCCACGGUGUGCCACCCCGUCGUGCUGCCCAUCCUGCGCUACAGCACCGACGUCACGCAGCCCGACGAGGUCAACAUGCUCGAGGACGGCAUGCUGCUGUGGCAGACGGUUCUGCGACACACUCCCGCCGUGACUCUGGACCUGGUGAACCUGUUCCCACACCUGGAGGCCGUCAUGGAGAAGAGCUUCGAUCACCUGCCGGCGGCCAUGAGCAUUCUAGAGAGCUACAUUCUGUUGGGUGGCGCCCAGUUCCUGCAGCUGCACGCCCAGCGGGUCGCCCACAUCUUCGAGCUGGUGGUGGGAAACAUCAAGGAAAAGGGCUACGCCGCAGCGCUGCCGGCAGUCGACCUUCUGAUACAGUGCUUUCCUAUGGAGUCCCCUGCAGUAAUAGAGCCUACUCUGCAGAAGCUGUUGGCCAUCGUGCUGGGCACCAUGAAAGAGUCCGAGCUGGUUAAAGCCGCCGCUGCUGCCGUGCUCGCACGCGUCCUGCUCCAGAACACGGCCUUCUUUCUGGACUUCCUCCCUCGGGCCGCAACUGCCAUCCCUGCUCUUACUCAGUCCGCAAAAGCUCCGCUCUUUGUGUACGUAGACUGCCUCUUAGAAAAGUUUGAUUCCAUGACGACGGCCCCCCGCCGGAAGCUGUGCGCGCUCGCGCUCUGUGCCGUCCUUCCUCUCAAAGAGAACGCGGUGCUCGAGAGGCUGGAGCAGAUCGUCAGUGCAUCCACAGGUGUCUUCCACGAAACAGACGGAGACACUGAAGCCGUGCCCUACGAGUCGGACUACGGAGCGGUCUGUGGGACGGCAAACGGCAGCCUUGGGGCCUCGCAAGAAGGGGAGCAUGUACGGAGGCGGCAGGUUUAUGAGACGGACCCCACCAAUAUUCUCAACGUGGGACUCGUAGUGCUCAAGCAGCUGGCGGCUUGCAAGUCCGUGCACGGGGAGAGCACAUUCAACUCCGCAAUGGCGCGCAUGCACCCUCAAAUCCUAGCGCAACUGAACCAACUUAUGGCAAUGUAGAUGGAAGGGGCGGCAUCAAUAGCAUCCGACCUGGCUAGUCUUCGAACGGGAACGGUCGAGCUCAGUAUGCAUGUUAAAAGCGUACUUUGCUUCAACGAGCUCCUGCUAUGAGAACCAUUCGUAAUAUGUGCAAAAUCGUCUGAUCGAAAUGGGCGACAAAUGGGCGAGAUCAAUUCGGAGCAAACAUUCUUUGUUUUUCCCGUUUUUAAACGACGGGAAAAGAGCUACAGUCUAGGUAUCGAUACAAACCUUUCAUUGAAAUUGGUCCUUGGUGAUAGCUGAGAGGUACUUCACUGCCUUGCGUAUUAGAAGGAGAUUUUUGAUCUCUCCAAUUGUGCAAACCCUCUUGGAGCCUCAAUAUACGCGUUUUUGUGAUGCC